AUGCUAACUUAUAUAGAAGAUCUAAGUUAUUUUCGCAUAAUAUCGGCUUGGUUCUUUUUAAUUUGGUAUAUAAUCAUUAUACUUGUUGCAUAUCUUGGAUUCAUUGAAAUACUUAAAAAAUUUAAUCAUGCGCCAAAUCACCAUCUAAGUAAUUUGGAACCAGUUACUAUAAUAAGACCAAUUAAAGGUAUUGAUCCAGAAUUAACUCAUUGUUUAGAAUCAAGUUUCUUACAACAUUAUCCUUCGGAUAAAUUGCAAAUUUUAUUCUGUAUUGAUGAUCCUAGAGAUGCUUCAAUCCCAAUAAUUGAAAAUCUUAUUAAUAAAUAUCCUGAAAUCGAUUCAAAAAUUUUGAUUUCAAAAUAUUUUGAUCCAGUUACAAAUAAAUCAAUUGAUCAUUUUGGUCCUAAUCCAAAAGUAAAUAAUUUAUCAAAAGGUUUUAAAUAUGCUCAUUACGAUAUUUUAUGGAUUAUGGAUUCAAAUGUUUGGGCUUCUCCAAAUAUUUUGAAAAAUUCUGUUAAAUCCUUGAUUGAAAAUACCAAUAAUGGUCGCCAUUUACCAAAUGGUUCAAAUAAUAGGAAAGUUAAAUUAGUUCAUCACGUUCCCUUAGCUUUAACCACGGAUUUAAAUCAUAAAAAUUGGGGGUCUAAAUUAGAUGAAAUGUUCCUAUUAACUUCUCAUUCUAAAUUUUAUGUUUCCCUAAAUAAUUUAAGUAUAGCUCCUUGUGUCAAUGGCAAAUCAAAUUUAUAUCGUCGCUCUGAUCUUGAUAAAGCCGUUGCUUCAAUUCCAGAUAAUUUUUCUCCAUUUUUCCAUAAUAAAUCGGUGAUUUCUGAUGCUCAUCAUUAUUCUUCUUUAGGUCCUGGUAAUUCAAUCAAAUUAUUUGCUCGCUAUAUUGGUGAGGAUAAUAUGAUUGGUAUAGCCUUAUGGGAAUACUUGUUCGGUAAAACUGGUUUAACUGGUGAUUGUGUUAUUCAACCUUUAAGUGGUGUUGAUAACUCAAUUAACGAUUAUGUCACUCGUCGUGUUCGUUGGUUAAGAGUUCGUAAAUAUAUGGUUUUAAUGGCUACUUUAAUCGAGCCUUCUACGGAAUCAAUCGUCUGUGGUAUAUUCGGUACUUAUAGUUUAUCUACUUUUUUCUUUAAUCAAUGGUUUAAUUGGAGAAUUUUCUCAAUUCACAUGUUAAUUUGGGUUAUAACGGAUUAUAUUCAAUAUAAUAAUUGGAUUAAUAAUAUUAAAUCUUCUAAUUUACCUUGGGUUAGAAAAUUACCUUCGAAAAAUUGGUGGAGUUGGCUCUUCAUUUGGAUUAUGCGAGAAAUUUUGGCUUUACCCAUCUGGAUCAUUGCAAUGAUUGGUCAUGAAAUCGACUGGAGAGGUCGUCCUUUUAGAAUUAAAAAAGACUUAACUGCUGAAGAUAUUUGAAGCCAGUUAGUAGUUUUAUGUAUCGCUCAAAAAACUGAACUUCUUUCAGUCUAUAGAAAUAUAAACUUGU